AAGCGUCGUGCCGUACGUUUCGCGUGUGAGAUUUCCCGCAGCGUUCUGACGUCGCGAAGUCGAAAUCCAAACAGACGGGUGUGACUCGCGCGCGUUGCGCAAUUUUUACAAUGCAUAAUUAAAUUUUUGGAAUUAUUCGUUAAUUUGGAUUGCAAUUAUGGAGAAAGGUCACCGUCAGGUACCGUUCUUGACUUCGCAACAAUCUGACGGCGGAGAUACGCGAAUUUAAAAUUAGAGGCUUAUGUCAGACGCGCUUUCGGCGAUACUAAAAUUAAAAGCGCCGCCCCGACGACGUUUCACGUUGACCGUUCACCGCCAAAAAUAAAAAAAUAAAACGAGCAGUAAAAUAAAAAGGUCGUUCGUAGUAGUUCCGAAGGUGUUUUCGGGGCGAGUCCGCCAUUUUGUCAAGGUGAUGUUCCGCGAUGACUCUUGUUGAACGCGAAAAUGCAGAACGACCAAUCGAACGGACGGGUCAGAGUUAAAACCGGGAGGUUUGUGGAGUUGCGCGAUUGGGAGAAACAGGGAGAAGUCAUAUCCGGCUGGAACAAUGAGCUCUGCAGUGGCGAGACGCUACCCGAAGUAGAGAUCAUCAGUCUUCUGGAGGAGCAAAUACCCCGUUACAAACUACGGGCGGACGUGCUGACCAAGUUUGGGGGUUACGAAAACCAGGAUUGGUUCAUACCGUCACCCGCGCUUCAGGUGGAGGAGGUCGACCUUAAAUUGUCCCCGGAUCAGAUCCGGGAAACCCUUAACUACUUCCUUCUAUGUAGUGACCGCGUGAGCCAAAUGACAAAAACCUACGAUGACAUCGAAGCGGUCACCAGACUACUGGAGGAGAAAGAAAAGGACUUGGAGCUGACCGCGCGGAUCGGCAAGGAACUUCUGCAGUCGAACAAUCGGCUGGAGAACACGGUCGCGUCGCUGGAAACGGACCUGAAGGCUGCGUACGAGAAGAUCACGCAACUCAGCCAUGAGGUCCACAAAAAGACCGAGCUCAUCCAGAUACUCACCAACGACAUGGACGAGAGCAUCUUCGAGAGCAGCUCGUCGGGCAAGAUCAACCUCGACCUGAUGCAGAAACGAAUAGCUUCAUUGGAAGACGAGAACAAAUCGCUGAAGCACGAGUUCAAUCGGCUCGCCUCGUGCACCGACGACCUGGAGGCCCAGGAGCAGAGGCUGCUCCAGGAUCUGACCGGGCAGCUGACGUGCGCAAACUCUAGCGUCGGCCUGCUGGAGGACGAACUCGACCGCACCAAGGAGGAAAACCGUUUACAGCACGAGGAAAUACUGACGCUGCAGAGUAAACUGCGCGACACCGAGGACAAGCUGCAGAAGUUGCUGCGCGAAAACGACGAGACGAACGGUCUGCUCCAGAUCACCAAGGAGAACCAGGGCAGCCUCGCCGUCGAGUUAUCCGAGUUCAAGGCGCGGUACUACGAGGUGACCGCGCUGCUGCGCGACGCUCAAGAUCAGAUCCGGAAGCUGCGCAAGAGGCAGACGCCCGGCGCGCGUCUCAGCCUGUUCUCGUCUCUGGGCGCGACCGGCACCGCCCCCUACGACAGCUUACGCAACGAGCUGGAGAUGUCGAUCCAUUCGGAGCUGAGCGAGGACUCGGGCAUCUCGGGUCCGGACGUGCCGCAAUACAAAAAGGUGUUCGAGACGGUGCGCUGCGCGUCACAGAGCUCGCUGAGCAGCGCCGACAGCCUCGGCAGUCUGCACUCUGGUAUCGGCGGCUUCGUGAGCAGCACAAGUUACCAGGGGGGCGGGCCUCGCGUGAGCGUCCGCGCGCAGGGCGGUCACAGCUUCCGACGCUCGUCCGCGUCCAUCUACAGCAGCAGCUCGCUCGGCUAUCCCAGUUUGGACUCGACCGGCCAAUCGGACAACGAAUACAGUCAGACCGACUCCGACGACAGCUACCCCGGUCCCCCUCGGAAGGGGAUUCCCGGGGUGCCGGGCGCCACCGAACUCGAGGCCGCUCUCCAGCGGCUCACGCCGGGGGCGGUACUCGCUCGCCGCGCCAAUCUGCAGCACGGCUUCGCAUACGGCGGCUACGAAAGCGAAUCGUCUUCGUUGCCGUACGGUUGUCGCACCCCUGACAGUCUCAUGUCGACCGGUUCGGGCGGCGGUAACUACUACAGCGCCGCCGCCGCCGCCGGUGGCGGUGGCGGCUGGAAGCUGCCCGAAAAGCUGCAGAUCGUCAAACCGAUGGAGGGGUCGCAGACUUUGCACCAUUGGUCGCAGCUAGCGCAGCCUACGUUCAGCGGUCUCCUCGACGAGAGGCCAGGGGUCAAAAUAAGGGGUGGCAAGGAGCUGGAGGACAUCGGCCUGGAAUCGUACGGUCUGAGCGACCUGGAGGAGGACGACGAGUACUCGAACCCUGGCAAGGCCUUCGAAGCGUCCGUCCACACCUACACCUAUACCAACAGCACCGUGAUGCAUCCGGACGACGGCACCUUCGUGUCUAGCAGCAACCGCGGCAGCAGGAUGACGUCGGCGUGCUCGAGCUUGCAGAACUCGCCGCCUCAGACGCCGGCAGCGCUCAGCAGGCGCAACUCCUGUAGCACAUUCUCGACGACCUUCGGUCUAGCGAAGAUGCUCAACGAGCGAGGAAUCAAAGCGGUCACCCCGUCGGCCGUAAACACGCCCAGCGGUGUCAACAGUUUCACCCCGACCGCCACCCCGUACAAUAGCCCCGAGGCGACCACGCCCUUGUCCUCCCCCAGGGGCGGAUCGCCCGAGCCCGAGGCUUUCAGUUUGCCUCAGCUGAUUUUGAGUUCGGUGCCUCAGUUCCUCAGGGACACCGUGGGCGGCAAACGUAAACCGCCCCCAUCCGCCAAGAGUAGGCGAUCGACCGCCAAAAUCGACAAACAAGAGAGUUUGGUCGGCAAAAUCGAGAAGAUUGGGCUGAGCAACCUGAUGGUGGGGCAGGGCGCCCUGUCCGCGGGCCUGUACACUAGGCCCGCGCUAACGAGCCCCAUGGCGCAGCUGACGUGUUUGCUGCCCGGUCGCGGCGCCGAGCCCAGCGUCGACUCGUCAAAACGACCCGCGCCCUCCCGUCCGAGCAUGGGCGUGCCGGGCAAGCCUGGUAGCGGAGCCCUGAGCUCGCGUCUCGAGCAGCUCAGCGCUCGCAAACAGCGCAGGCAGGGCGUCACCAGACCUGACCUAGGCACCGUAUCCGCCCGGAAGAGUCCCCCGCCCAAGGCGGAAACGUCAUCGCACACUUCCACGCUCGGCACGCUCAGUAGUUUGCUGUUCGGCCGUAAGGGGGGGCUGUUUUAAUCGGUCGGGUGCCCAAACAGUAGUUCUCUUAAUAGUUCCAGUAUUCGAGUUAUUAGGGCGUUCGAGGAGGCGCACGCAGCUAUUUAUCGUUAUACUUUGUAGGUUAAGCGUGUAUAACUUGUACUAUAGCUAGCAAUAAAGUUAUUUAUUUACCG